CUUAGUUAGUGGCUUUCUGCGGCCCCCGAGAGACGCGUUCGCCUGCCCCAAAUGGAUAAAGAUAACGAUACGGUGGACAAGGAGCCCGCCCCCGAUACCAACUCCUCCACGCCCACCGCUGGAUGGAGCGACAAGCUGGCGGAACUGGUGGCCUGGUUCGAGGCCAAUCCCAAUUUGCCCGAGAAGAUCGAACCCAUUGUUAUGCUGCGAUUCCUCAAGUGCACGGCUUUCGAUGUGGAGCGCACCAAGUCACUGGUGGAGCUCAACUACAGUAUGCGCAACAAGAACCCACACCUGUUUAUGGAUCGCAACAUGGAGGACGAGAUGACCGCCAAGGGCCUGAAGGUCUCGGACCUUCUGGUAUUACCCGGAGUUACUCCAGAGGGAAAUAAGCUGAUCUUCUUCCGCAUGGCCGAUCUGGAUCCACGAACGCGCAAUUCGGUUGAGGAGACCAAAAUCUUCGUUAUGAUGAGUGAUGCGCGAUUCACGAGGCCGGAUGUGGAGCGGGAACCAGGAAGCGGAGCAGAUUACGUACUGGACGAAGCGGACAUUGCCGAGGGCGAUGUUCAGAUUGUGGACAUUGGGGGCUACACACUCCGCCACCUGGCCCACGUCUCCAUUUUCGUGCUGCGUGUCUACAUGAAGUUCCUGCAGGAGGCCUAUCCCUCGCGCCUCCAGGCCAUGCAUGUCAUUAACUGCCCCAGCUACCUGGACAAGCUCAUCUCCAUGAUGUCGCCCUUCCUAAGGGAGGAAGUCCGCAAUAUGAUCAAGUACCACACAGAGGGUCUGGACAGUCUCUACAGGGAUGUGCCCCGGGACAUGUUGCCGGAUGAGUAUGGCGGCAAGGCGGGCUCUGUGGCGGAACUCAAGGCCCGGGGCAUCCAGUCCAUCCGGGACAACGCGACGUACCUGAGCGACGAGCGCUACUGGAAGGUGGCCUCGCAGAGCAAGAGUCGGUGGUCCUGGUUCUGAUCAAUAUCCUGAUCCUCCAACGUGAUAUAUGUAUAUUUAAAUGUGAUCAAGCAGCGCGUCUUGCCAAAGCGAUGAUAUCGAUUAGUUGUGCAGAGUUCAGCUUCCAGAAGCCGACCCUCCAUAUUUAAUUAUUUUCUUACCAAUUUCGCUAUUAUCAAAUAAGGGGCUAGUGUCGAUUGAUUGACAACAAUGGGAACAACAAUAUACAAAGAAAAAGCAAUAAAUUAUAUUAAUUACA